CACUUUUGCCCCUUUUCAAUAAAAAAAGUCAUCACACAUACGGCUGCUAAGCUGAGUAUUAAGAGGCAGACUCCUCCAUUUUUGUUUGUUGCACCCAAUUCCACACUCCAAAAGCCACCACCACCAAAUUAAAGGUGUUCUGGUUUGUGGAACCAUUCCAAUCAUGACGUACGCUACUCACGUUCUUCGUCACUCCAAAAAGAUCAGAAGUUCUUCCAAUUUAUUACGGCAUGACUCUGUCCGCUGGUUCAGUAAUGGCACGAGGCCUUCUGUGGAGAAGGGAGAUGAUAUUUUAAGGUGCCAGUCUGGUUUCAAUAGAUGCAACUCAGGUUCAGCAGUCUCCAACAACAGUUUUAGAGCAGUAUCUCCCACGAUGUCAUUUGUGGCAACAUAUAAUGGAAAUGCUCUGAGAACUGCAAUUGCUCCAUCCGCCUCCACCGCUAGCAUGGUUUUCAUGAGAGGAUCACAAGUGCCUUCAAGGAGGUGUUUCUCCACUGCUUCAGAUUUUCCUCCACACCAAGAGAUUGGUAUGCCCUCUCUUUCACCUACAAUGACAGAGGGAAAUAUUGCCAGAUGGUUAAAGAAAGAGGGUGAUAAAGUUUCUCCUGGUGAAGUGCUAUGUGAAGUGGAAACAGAUAAAGCAACAGUGGAAAUGGAGUGCAUGGAAGAGGGUUAUCUAGCUAAGAUUCUUCGCGGAGACGGAGCAAGCAGUAUCAAAGUUGGAGAGGUGAUUGCUAUUACUGUUGAAGAGGAAGAUGACAUUGCAAAAUUUAAAGAUUACCAACCUUCAACAUCGGAUGCUACGCCUUCACCAAAAGCGUCUCCUCCUCCACCUCCUCCCAAAGAAGAGGUCGCUGAGAAACCUGUCACCCCAUCAGAGCCAAAAGUUUCUAAACCUAGUGCGCGUCCGGCAGAUCGCAUUUUUGCUAGUCCUCUGGCUAGGAAAAUUGCGGAAGAUCAAAAUAUACCUCUCUCAAACAUCAAAGGAACAGGUCCUGAGGGACGUAUUGUGAAAGCUGAUAUUGAAGAUUAUCUAGCUUCUCGCGGAAAGGAAGCCCCUGCAGCAGCUCCCAAGGCUGAGGCAUCUCUUGAUUACACAGAUAUUCCUGUUUCACAGAUAAGAAAGGUGACAGCUUCUAGGUUGCUGUUGUCAAAGCAAACCAUUCCCCAUUACUAUUUGACUGUUGAUACAUGCGUCGACAAACUUAUGGAAUUGAGGGGCCAGCUCAAUUCCUUGCAAGAGGCUUCGGGAGGAAAGAAGUUAUCUGUUAAUGAUCUUGUAAUAAAGGCUGCUGCUUUAGCUCUUCGAAAAGUUCCUCAGUGCAACAGUUCAUGGACCAAUGAUUACAUUCGCCAGUAUCACAACAUAAAUAUCAAUGUAGCAGUGCAGACUGACAAUGGACUUUACGUUCCUGUUAUCAGGGAUGCUGAUAAGAAAGGUUUAUCCACUAUUGCCGAGGAAGUGAAGAACAUAGCCCAGAAAGCAAAAGAGAACAGCUUAAAACCACAGGAUUAUGAGGGAGGGACGUUCACCGUCAGCAAUUUGGGAGGGCCUUUUGGUAUUAAACAGUUUUGUGCCAUCAUUAACCCUCCACAAUCAGCCAUCCUAGCUGUUGGUUCUGCUGAGAGAAGGGUGAUACCUGGUUCGGACCAAGACCAGUAUAAGUUUGCCAGUAUGAUGUCUGUAACACUGAGCUGUGAUCACCGGGUGAUUGAUGGCGCAAUUGGUGCACAAUGGCUCAAAGCAUUCAAAGGCUACAUAGAGAGUCCAGAGUCUAUGUUACUGUAGAUUGAUGCUUCUUUUUUUUUGUUGUUGAUCCUUUGAAUUCUUCACGUUUUCCUCAACAAAUGGGAUGAAUUUUGAUGUAUGAUAAGUGGGAUUUGAUGUGCCAGCCUGAUCUUAUUGCUUGAUAUAAGCAUUAUUAUUAGGGGAAAGUGGCUGAACAAGUUGGGAAUAAAUGAGGCUGCAAGGCUGUGUACCAUUGAUUUAGGCUUUUUGUGGCGCAGAGUGUAAAUUCCAGUUUUUGCUCGAGGUCAUUGAGUUGAUAGAAUACUUGCUGGACAUUCAUUAUUUUAAUAAGAUUCACUAAUCUGUUCAA